UGCUGUUGGUAGAACAUGACGCAAAAAGUUAUACUAGUAGUACUACUCUCUGUUUCAUUGUGCUGUUUAGCGCAACAUUUGAAAUGUGUUUCGGAGGCAAAAUAUUUUAUCCCAAACUUUAUGGGCAAUUGGUUUAAGGCGACCGAAUAUUGCAAUUACUUGGGGAUGCGACUAGCCGUUAUUUCAACGUCGGAAGAACAAACUAAUUUGACGACGAUGAUUGCAGCUACUGACAAGUUCAGUAACGACACGACUAAUAUUUGGAUCGGUGGAAGUGAUCUUGCAGAGGAAGUAAAUUUUUACUGGCUCUCGACUGGGAAACGAGUUGGCUAUUCCAAUUGGAGGAAAAAUCAACCGGACAAUGAUCAAAACACUGAUCACUGUAUGGAAAUUCGCUACAACCCGGUUCAAGGAUGGAACUGGCACUGGAAUGACCAAGAUUGUAAAGCAAUUCGUUACUUUGUUUGUGAGAACUUACAUAUCGGCAAAAAAGUUGUGCUGUUUUGAUGCUGUUCAUGCUCAAAAAAGUAUGUUGUGAAACACAACAAAUGUUUUUUAAAGUUUUAAAAGUG